UAUCAUUCAUGUCUUCGGGUGUAGUCUCCGCCCAUAUAUUAGCAAAACAUAAUGCGAUCACUGAUUGGAGACAAUUGAUGGGACCAACCAAGCAUUUAUUUGUAAAAAUUAGGACUAAAUUCAAUGAACCAAAUACUAUAAGAGGAAUGUAUGGCUUGAGUGACACCCGAAAUGCUACUCACGGAUCAGAUUCUUUACAAUCAUUUGAAAGAGAGUGUAAACACUUCUUCCCGGACUUUAAUCCUCAAGAGUGGUUCACACAAGAGAUGAUACACUUCAGGGAUGGCACGAACAUUGAGUUCAUUACCAAUGAAUGGAUUCAUCGAAUUAAGAGA